ACGUUGAUUCCCUUCUACUAGGAAUUCCGCAGUCGCCUUGACGACGGCAGACGCUGCAGCCUCUCUGAAGUGCCAGCUUAAGCCCUAAGGAGAAGGACGCUGGAGCACAGAGCAUGAGGAACUGGUGUCUGUGCCAGAUUUGCACCUGCGGGUAAGAAACGUCCGUCCGGUGUGGAGUCAGCAGAGCGCCGAGCCCCGCUGAAACCUUGCUGCGUACACCCUCUAAGGACUCCCUUGCCUGAACCGGAGGACCCCCACGCCCACCCCGCUUAAACUCUGCUAAAUGCGUCCCAUUUCUCUACUUGGCUGGCUCUUGGGGCUAAACUUCUCUUCUUUGCAGUCCGUGAGGCUUCCUAUGCAGAGAUUUAAGCUAGAAUACAGUUCAAACCGGUUAAGGUAUGAGCAAAUGUGGCUGGUAAGUGAUUUAAAAGAACAGUAUCUAAGGUCUUCAGUUUGCCAUCCAGAGCCUUCCAUCCUCUAAACUUUAUUCGUAUUCCUGCCCAGGCUGCAUUCUCUUGAGGCCUUUCUGACAGACAAAAAUGGCAUAGUCCUCACCCUAAACCUCAGGUUUGGUUGUAAGUCCUGCCUCACAACCUUACACCACCAGUAGACACAUUCUUCUCUUUCUUCAGCCUUACUGUUGGCCCAGGGAUUAGAUCACCUUUACUAAGUAAAUAUGAGUAACACCAAGCCCUUUGUAUUUUUUAAUCCCCUUCUAAGGGCAACCACCUACAACACAUUGACUGAGAUCAAGUUUCUCCGCCCCUUUGGUAAUAAACAUCGUAUGGUUGUACCGAUGGAAACAUAACUUUUAAGGCUGGAAUCUGCAAAUUCUGGGACGUCUGAUUCCAUCAUUUCUGUGAGCUGCUUUUUCAAAAAGGGGAAAGUUUAACAAGUGUAAACAGCUAUGGCUGGCAGCAAAACUAUAAAGCAGAAGGAAGAAAAAUGUCUUUUAAGGAUUGCACAUGUUAGACUAGGAGGAUUUUGCUUUCUUUUAUAAUUUGUCUUCACUGUUAUGUCUUAUAUUUGUCCACAAUCUGAGACGGCAUCGUUGUCCACAUGGAAUCACGAGGGUUUAUGAGCAUUCUGGCAUAUCUUGCCCUACGACGGAGUAUAUGGAAAAAUACCCAAAAUAUGGUGAUGUUCUCCCACCGCAGAGUCUUAAACCAAAGCCAGGAUUUCAAGCAUACCGUGGUAAAAUGGAAGGAGUAACCACAUUUAAGUCAGAUUAUCGCCCUUAUGAAGUAGUCAAGCAGCCUCGCCACAUGCCUGAAGAAUAUAAACCCAAACAGGGGGAAAUUGAUCUUGGUACUACCUACAAGCGAGAUUUUAAUCCUUACAAAGUACAGCCCGUGGUAAAAGUCCGGCCUGUGGAAAGACAAGAAGUUAAAAAAGGAAAGUUGGACACUGUCCCAACUUAUAAAGAUGAUUAUAGAUCUUGGGAUAUUCAGAAAUGUGAACUGUGUAAACCAGAGCAAGCUUACCAUCCCCCAGAUGUGAAAUUCGGAAACUCAACUACAUUUCAGGAUGACUAUGUUCCCCGGGAGAUACAGCCUAGGCCAAGCUUUAAGCCCUGCUCUGUGGUCAAGUGUCCUGUAGGCCCUUUUAAUGGUGAUACAAGUCAUCGUCGAGAUUAUGUACCUCAUCAGCUAGAAGUCAAGUUUGCAAGGCCAAAAGAAGUUUAUAAGCCUACUGACCAGCCUUUUGAGGAUCUCACCACUCACCGGAAUGACUUUCAGGGUCUUACUGGUGAAACUGCAAAAAUCUGCAGACCUCCCUAUACCAGAGUGACCCAAAACAUUCAGUUUAAAGGAAGCACUGAAUUCCGUGACAGUUUCCAACCGUGGGAAAUCCCACCACCCAAAGUGAAGAAAGUAGCAGAGUAUGUGCCUCCUUCAGGAAGCAUGCAGUUGGACAGCACCAGCCACCUUGACUAUGUUCCCUACCGGGCCAGCCGUGUUGUUGCCAUUCGGCCAGUUUCUCACAGAAGGCAAAGCAAUUUUCCUUUCCAAGGAAAGAGCACCAUGAAGGAAGAUUUUCCAGCAUGGGAAAGUUGUCGUCAAGGACUUAUUAAGCAGCAGCAACAAAUUCCCAACCCAUCUGGAAAAUUUGAGGGUUUGAGCACUUUCAGAUCUCACUUUGUGCCACAUGAAUUGAUUCCAACAGAGAGCUGCAAACCUUUAAAUGAAGCUCUUAAGAGUUCAGUUCCACUUGAUGAUGUCACCAUGUAUUCUAUACAGUUCACACCGAAGAAACAGGAAAUCUGCCCAGCUAGCUAUCCUUCUCCUCCUGGUUAUAUAUUUGAAAAUACAAAUUCCCAAGGGCAUAAAUUCUUUCGCAAGAUUAUUCCUGCAGUGAAGGCCUUUUAGUAAUUAAUGUUUAAAAGAAAGCUAAUGAGAGUUUGAUUUUUUAAAGAGAAACUCCAACUUUUACAGUAAAAAAUAUUAGGAGAGCUAUAGAAUUUCAUUUUUAGCUUUUUGAACAAGUUGGAACAUAAAGAUCAGAAUUAACAAAUCUUUUUUUAACCAAGUCUGUCUUGGUUAGCACAGGCUACCCUGGAACUUGCAGUGCACCUGUGUCAGUCUUCUGAUCUAAGAUUGUUCUUUAACAGGCAUUUCUGAAGGCUAAUGAUGGGCACACUCAUUUAUACAUGCUGUCUCAUAACUUGUCCUCAGUCUGAUAUCAUGUACACUAAUUUUACACUUAUGCAAUUAUGCACCAUUAUCAACACCAUUAUCAUGCACAAUUAGAACAAAAUUGAAAAUGAGACAUAAAUUACUCUUUGUUAAAAAUCCAGAUUUUAUUCAUUCAUUCACUCAUUCAUUCAUUCAUCUUCAACACAUCUACAGAGCAUAGGACAAGUCAAGUUUUGGUUGAUGAUGUCAGAGAACAGAAGCUCUGUUCCUUACCCUGUUCAAAAUAGCAAGAGACAUUGUGGCUUGAAGAGGAAAUGUCCUAUAGGCUGGGAAUCAGCAAACCAGAGUUCAAAUACUAAUAUCUUCAGUUUCUGUUUGAGCCACUGUAAGCAAUCUCUGCAUACACACUUCUGUGGUUCAUGUGUAAAAGAAAACUGGUUCUCUCUACCUCAUGAAAGUUUGUUGGGAGCAUCAAAUUAUAUAAAACAUUUGAAGGUGUAAAGUACAAAUGUAAGGGGCUAUUAGCAAACCCUCAGAUAACGUUUUGUACUUUUUCCUUGUCAAAUAAGGACAGUUACAAACUCGAUACUCAUUACCUGGUCUCCAUCCAGCAAUGACUGUAAAAUAACUUAAUUUGCUUUGAGUGUAUGAGUGAAAUGUGUUUGUAGGAGGCGCCUGCCCACUGUAGCUUCAUAAACACCCUAUAUGUUACAGCAGAAAAUAGAGAACCUACAUUAAAUACUUGGCGGUAAAUGGCUGUAUUUUCAAAAGGAAAAAUAUUUGCUGAAAAUGUGGUAGGGAAGACUUCCAAUUCUGAAAAAAAUCUUCAGGAUAAACCUAGGUAUCUGUGCAUGCAUUGGCCACAUCCAGAAACACUGUUCAUUUAUAAGGGCCAUAAUUACCUUCUUCAUAACUGAAAGUAUAAAGAAAGAAGGAAGGAGAAAAGAUACCAGUAAGGGACAUGGAAAUGGCAUACUAUAUGUAUAAAUGCUGAAAGCUUUUAGUGAACUAAAAUCAAGUGAGUGUUUUAAUAAAUGAUCAAAUAAUUAUGUAUGGAAAAUAAGAUUGACUUUAAUUUAAAAUGAAUUUUAAUGUUUUCAUAGUUGUUUAAGAAUAUUACUAAGGGUGAAUUCAAAAUAUUUAAUACUUGUUUUUAAUUAAUUAAAAGUAAUUCUCCAUAUUUGCAUUUAUUAUAAAAAGAUAUCUGAAAAAUUUUGUUUUAUGUAUAAUCUGAUUAAUUAAAUGUAUUGAUUUUCAUGAA